CUCCUCCUGUAGUUCCGAUCCUCCCAUUGCUCCGCUCCCCCGCUUGCCCUGCUGCCCGCCUCUCUCCGUCUGUAGCUCUGGUCCUCCUGUAGCUCCGAUCCUCCUAUAGCUCUUAUCUUCCUGUAGUAGUUCUGAUCCUCCUGUAGCUCCGAUUCUCCUGUAUCUCCGAUCCUCUCAAUGCUCCGCUCCCCCGCUUGCCCCGCUGCCGUCGCCGCUCCUCCUGCAGCUCCGAUGCUCCUGUUUCCCUUUCUCCUGUUUCCCCGCUCCUGUCCCCUCUCUCGUUUCCCCGCUCCUAUCCCCUCUCUCCUAUUUCCCCGCUUGUCCCCGCUCCACCUGUUGCCGCUGUCCCGCUCCUUGUCCCGCUGCUGUCCCGCUCCUUGUCCCGCUGCUGUCCCCUGCAUCCCGCGGGGAGCGCCGCUGGGGGCUCAGGCUUGGCAGAAGCCGCCGGCAUUAAUUAGCGCGGCUCAGGAGCGGGAUGAGCCGCUCGCCUGCACCGGCUCCCGGGGGCUGUCACCCCAACCCGCUCCCUGCCGGGCUCCCCUCUGCCCGGGGCUGCCCCCCGACAGCGAUGGAGGGAGAGCCCACCCUGCGCCUCCGAAUCUUCGACCUCAACUGCUGGGCCAUCCGCUACCUGAGCAAGCGGCGGCAGGAGCGCGUCCGGCUCAUCGGGGACAAGCUGCGCCAGGAGGGCUUUGACCUGGUGCUGCUGCAGGAGGUGUGGAGCGAGCAGGACUACAGUGACCUGAAGGUGAAGCUAGCAGGCUGUUACCCCUUCUCCCAUUACUUCCGCAGUGGGGUGAUCGGCAGUGGCCUCUGCGUCUUCUCCAGAUUCCCCAUUCUGGACACACUCCUCUACCAGUACUCACUGAAUGGGUACCCCUACAUGCUCCAGCAUGGGGACUGGUUCUGUGGCAAGUCCGUCGGUCUCGUCGUUAUGAAGAUCUCAGGGAUCAUCUUCAACGUCUACGUCACCCACCUGCACGCCGAGUACUGCCGGGACAAGGACGCCUACCUGCCCCACCGCCUGGUGCAGGCCUGGGAGCUGGCACAGUUCAUCCGACACACCUCAAAGGCAGCAGACGUGGUGCUGCUGGGAGGGGACCUGAACAUGCACCCUGAAGAUGUGGGCAUCCGGCUGCUGCGGGGCUGGACGGGGCUGCGGGACGCCUUUGCUGAGGCCACGCGCUUUGAGGGCUGUAAGAAUGGCUGCACCCUUGUCCCUGACAACUGCUUCACUAACAAGUCAGAGAUGCUGCCCUUCCCGCUGGGCAUCCGCAUUGACUACAUCCUCUACAAGGCCAUCUCCAGCUUCACGGUGAAGUGUGAAGAGCUGAAGACCACCACAGGCACAGCCCCAGGCAUGGCCAUCCCCUUCUCAGACCAUGAAGCCGUGAUGGCAACACUGCACAUCCAGAGGCAGGGGCAGCCUGCAGGUGCCACCCUGGGCACAGCUGACCUGGCACUGGCAGACGUGGUGACAGAGGCACGGACAGAGGUGGGCGUGGGGCUGCGGGCGGCGCAGCGGCAGCGCUACUCCUGGGGCAGGAUGGCCGUGCUGGCCCUGCUGCUGCUGCUGCUCCAGGCUGCAGCUGCACUGGGCACACUGGCCGGGCUGGGAGCAGAGCAGCCCUUCCCCAAGCUCUCCUUCUGCCUCCUGGCCUUCCUCUCCCUCGCCACCCUCGUCGUCGCCACCGGUCUCCACAUCUUUCACACCAUGGAGGUGAAGAUGCUGCAUGGCACCGAGGACCAGAUGUGGAUGGCACUGAGGGCCCUGCAGGAGCGUCCCAGCGAAGGCUGAGCUGAGGCUGUGGGUGUUCCACAAUGUCCCCUUGGCCCCACCAUGUCCCCUUUUUCAUCCUUGUUUUUAGCUGACUUCAGGUUUUAGGCGAGCAGCCAAUGCAGUAGUGCAGAUUUGACAGCUGCCUCUGGGUGAAAUUAAGGUUUUUGGGGUAGAUUUAUUGCAUUGACCCCUGUGAGAACCACGAUGGAGGCAGAUUUUUAUUGCUGUCUUUUUAAACACACCCUUUUGUACAUGGAGGAACCCACUGGCCUGGCUGGAAGGCCUGAGACGCUGAGGCUCCCCUUGCCUGGGGUGGCCUCAAAGUUUACACUGGUGGCUGUUGAGGCAACCAGUCCUAACUCUGAUGGAAAAUAAAGGUGGUAUUUUAACCUUUG